AUGGCGAAAACGAGCAUCGAUCUUAUCGAUGAAGUCGAUAUGUUUCCUUAUGCCGAGACAGACUCUGCUGCCUUCAAAAGCAUGAAAGCAGGUCUGUACACUCUAACAUGGGAAGAUAGUCAGGGGAUAUAUCCUAUUGGCUACGUUCUGGAUCGCGUUGUCAAAGAACUCCAUCGAGUACCUGAGGAUGUCAGAGGAAAAAUGGUAUGCGACGAAGCAGAAAGAACUGUCGCGCUGUUUCAGGAGCCAACGGAAGAGGAGCGUACUCGCCGUGUCGCGGCCCUGGCUGAUUAUUGGCGUCAGAAGGGAACGUUCCCCCUUCUCCGUGGUUGGCGGAACGAGCUGUGGCCGGUUUAUGGACGAACCGGGGAGCUUCUGUUCAGCAUGGAGCGAGCAGCAAUGGGCCUGAUCGGUACAAUGCGCUACGGCGUCCACAUGGUCGCCUAUGUCAAGGAUGACACUGCACCUUACGGAGUCCGUCUUUGGGUACCUACACGCGCUCGGAACAAGUCAACUUUCCCCGGCAUGCUAGAUAACACUGUGGCGGGCGGUUUAAUGACAGGGGAGGACCCGUUCGAAUGUGUUAUCCGAGAGGCCGAUGAAGAGGCUAGUCUUCCUGAAAGCACUGUCCGCCAGAAUGCCAAAUUUGUUGGCAACGUCACAUACAUCUAUAUCACAGACGAAGGGCAGGUCGGCGAGGGUGGCUUUAUUUACCCUGAGUGCCAAUGGGUCUAUCAUCUCGAGCUCUCCAACGAUGUCAUCCCUCAACCAAAAGACGGCGAAGCUGAAAGGUUCGACCUGUGCGAUGUCGAUCAAGUCAAAACAGACCUUGCUGGGGGACGCUUCAAACCGAACUGCGCCCUUGUCACGCUUGACUUUUUCAUUCGCCAUGGCAUCCUUACUGACGAAAACGAGCCCGAGAUCGAACAGAUUAAACGGAGAGUGCGCCGCGAUAUUCCGUUUCCAGGUCCGCAUCAGAGCAACUGGCGUCCACUAUGA